AUUUGUCUCAUAACCAAAUGCAUGGCAUGUGCUAUUAUUGAAACCUUGGCAAUGUACAUUCACCCUAACGUUAUACGAUGAGAAAGGUGCGCCUGCCAAAUCGAAAACCUAUAUUGUUAAUAGAAACUCAUUUUCAAAUACAUCUUGAGUGAAGUGUUAAAUUUUUUUCCGUGUUGAUGUGUAACAAGGAUUUACAAUGAAACGUAUGUUAAACAAGGGAAUUGGCGCGUUUCUGGAGCACUCUGGUACAUAAAGAUUGAUCUGAAUUUCCUGACAUAAAAAUGGAGGUUGAAACCAAUAAAGGUAUGGAUUCAGCGAUUGGAAUGAAACUUGUGAACAAGGCUGGAAGCACACCGUUUCAGAAGAGAAUCGCUUCCAUUGCGUUCAAAUCAGGAGAUGACGUCACGGAUUGGAUGAACGCUGGCAAUAGGGCCACUGCCAGCAUCAAAACGCCGAAAUAUGGACUGCGCCGCCGCCCACCCAAGCUCCCGUCGCCGCUUGUUAGAAUCCCCGCCAGCAGCAUCAGCGACACGCCCACAACGAUGACAUCAGACUCGAUAUCUCGUUCUACAUACGUAACGCUUAGGGGAUCUAGUAUUACGCCGUACGCGUACUUGAACUCCGAGACAUCCCGAACGAAGUCCACCAACAAUGCGCCUGAUGAGGCGGUGUUUAGAAAGGAUUCGACAAACACGGACAAAACCUCGAGGGUAGGCUUGAGUCAGAAGGAGGUUCUUGGUCCUAUCAAACGCAAUGGGAAUCCUCCCUCUCUUAAAGCGUAUUCCUCAAUGGAAAGGAAUUCUAACGGUUCUUUGGAAAUUGCUAAAAUCAGCGAAUCUGCACCACUACACAGAUCAGAGUCCAAGAAAAGCUUGUUGCAUCCAACGUUUCGUCAUAUGUCCUAUACUAACAGGACGAGAACGUCAAUGGAGGAUGGCGAAUUCAACAUCAACCCCGAACCGGUCCCCUACCAACCUCAAAACUUCAUGCAAACCCCGCUUCCCCGUAUAGGGCCGGAGUCUUCCACACUACUUAAGAAGGUUCCUAUACCUAAGCGUCAUUUAGACUCGUUCGGAGGUUAUGAAUAUUCAUUAGGUUCAAAACGCGGAGUGAUUCUGCAUACAGAUCGGUAUCAAUGGGACGCCCCAAAGUCGUUUGAGGGCAUGAGUCAGCGAGAUCGACUAAGGGCAGAGCUGGAGUAUAUGGAGAGACUGCGGGGGAUCAAACGACGACGAGAAAUGCUACCUCACAGGGCUCAGCUCGACCUCCUGAUGGGGGGCAAAAAGGUGGAAUUUUCCGAGAGGUUUGAUAUCCAGAGGGAGAUACAGAAACUAAAGUCUCUGAUCAUGCCCCAGAAUGCCCGGGAUCUAUUCCACGGCAAAGGGUUCCAUUUGCCAGAUGAACACUCGUCUCUGAGGCCUCGGCGAGCUCCUAUGCUGGACUAUGACAGCGACGAGGACACCUCAGUACCAUCUAGUCACCGUCUGGGCAAGCAAGCCGUUGACCCAGAUACUGGGUUGCCCAGAUCGAGGCUAAGGCAAAAUAUCGGCCAACUUCCCAGAAUUGUCAACAAAAACAUAAUAGGUUCUUCUGAAUCACCUCUUCUGUUAGCCAGAGAAAAGCGCACUGUAGAUCAAAUUAAAGCUAGAAUUAGCAUUCCCGCAGAGCUACAGCGCGGCCGGAGACCUAUCUCCAUUAAAAACCACGAUAUGGCCCAAGAAACGCCUCGGUUCUCGGAGGACGGACCGUGGACACGAGAUCAGUUCGCUCGCCAAGGUCGAAAAUUUGGUAUGAGUCCAGCCUACCUGAAGCGAUCACGGACAAAUGUCCCAUCAAAGAUGGAUCCCAUGGUCAACAGGAGCACGACAUUACCGCCCAACGACAGACAGCUCAAUCUUUCCACAAGAAACGAUGCAGUGAAGAGAGUGGAAAUACCGUCUGCUGGUGCCUUACCAAAGUCACGUGGUACAGAGAAACCAGAAGCCAUGGUGGAUCCGGACACCAAUCCUUUGCAGAUCGACAAUCUUAAAGAAAACCUACCGGAAGAGGAUGUGGCGGCUUUGGAGAGAAUCGAGUCCCGCCUCUCCGGGAGAUCUAAGCUGAUUGAUAGCCCGGUGAAAGCGGCGACGCCCAACCCCCUGAAGGGAAGUGAACUCUCACAUCUUUUGCCGGAAGAAAAGAGAGAUGAGCUGAAAAAAACUUUCCAGAAAUUGGACACAGAUGCUGACGGGCAUUUAAUGUAUCAGCAAAUUAAAUCCCAGCUUCCACCGCAGAUGUCAGUUCAGCAAGAACGUUUCCUCAAACAGGUAUACGAUAUCACUAGCUCCAGUACAUUCUUUGGGGUGGACGAAUUCAUGACCAUGUCAACACUCACAAAGAAAGUGCAGGACCUCAAAUCUGAAGCAGCAGACAGCUUUGGAAAUCUAGAUUUCGCUUUAUUGCAUGAUCAAAUCAUUAAAUAUGUGGAUUUGUUCCAGUCUGUGGACAGAAUUCACAGCGGGAAAAUCUCGCUCGAGUCUCUACAGGAAGUGCUGUCUGCGGCCCUAGAAACGGAUCUCUCAGCAGACGACACCAACUGGAACAAGAUCCUUGAAACUGUCGAUCCUGACGAAGGCGCAAAAAUAAGCAAGAUCGAGUUCCUAGCACACAUUCCAUAUUUUCUGAGUUUGAAACUAAAGCCCGGACCUGGUGCGUUGCCUCAUAGUCAGCGAUUCCAGUAAAUGCAGGCACAACUACAGUACAUAUUCUACCAAUUCAAUCCAUUUAGUCGGAUUGACCAUGUAUUCAUUAAAUUUAAGCAUCCGAAACGUGUACCAUUCGAAAUACUUAUUUAUACUUAUUGAUUUGUGUUUAAAUUAUGCGUAAUAUUAAACUGAGAUGUGAUAGAGAAGUUUUAAUCGGUGAAAUCAAAAGUUUUUCACGUUAUAUUUGAAUCACAGCAGAAAUAUGCAUUUGUCGUGUAGUAAAUCUUGAAUUAUUGUAUGGACACUUUUGACGCUAUUAACUACGAUAAUUAUGUGUGUUAAAUGUUCAUUCCAUUUAAGCUGUAGGUUUCAACGAUUCAUCGAAGCUAACCUGUGAUAUCAAACAAACCGUCUUUUGUACAUGUUUAUAGAUAUAUAUAAUAAGUGCUGUAACUCUGUGUGAAUUUGUAUAUAGGUUUAUUUAUAUUUUUGUAUGUACGUUAUUUCAUGAUGUACAUGUAUAAAAUCAUGUUUAUCUCUCUCUGUGAGAAAUAAAGUUUUACUACAG